CUUAUCUUACAACUGUGCAUUUUGUUUCUCUCAUGGUACUAGAACUUAAUACCAUUCAUUAUAGCUUGGUAGUGGUAGAGUAUUGUUUAUCUGCUCAUUAUGGUACUAGACUUGAUACUGAUUUGCAUUUGAGUUACUAAAUAUUGUUGUUAAGUGUAUAUGGUUGUUACUGUUGUUGUUGUUACUGUUGUUGUUGUUGUAGAAUAUAUAAUGCAUUACUGUCUAUUGAAAUAAGUCAUCUAUGGAUAUUUUCGUUAUAGGUGAUAUUGGACAGAGAAAAUACUUAAAAAGUUGGAAAGAAUUAAUGAAGCAACGAUGGUGCAUCGCAGAAUAAGAAAAGUGAAAACACAACAAAGAAAAUAAGAACAAGGAAAAUCAAGAAUUAUACCAAAAAAAAAAAAAAAAACGACAGCGAAAAAAAGGAAACAGAAAACGGACAAAGACGAUAACAUUCUCUCCAAGAAAACGGGAAUAAAGAAAAAAAUAUUUUUGUGUACGAAAAGAAAAGAAAAAAGAAAAAAGGAACGAGAGAGAUAGAGGGAAAACUAGCAGAAAUGAUAAGACUGUCGCCAAGAAUGAAACACACACUAUACCAGAGAAAACAUAUAGUGUUCCUCACUAUACUGGUGUUCCUUGUGACACUGAUGACGUUAACAACCCCACAGGGCAACGGGGCUUUUGUCACCAACGAUAGCGACGAAUUUCUAAUAAGCCUGUGGAAGGAGAGACAGCGAGGGGUGAGUCAGGUGAAUCGGCGGGUGAAUCAGGUGGAGGAAUUAGCCAAAGGUCCCCUGAAGGAAGAUGACCCGGAGCUUCUAAGGCUGUUGAAGGAGAGAUACCUUGCUAAACCGAGUGACAAACCAACUAACUUGAUGCUGGACAGAGAUGACGCUCGAGCUCAGAAUUACAACGUCUACAGAACAGCUUUUCAUUCUUGGAUUAGGAUUAACAAAAUCUUGAAGAAAUUAUUCUCCGGAGAACCCCCUCAUUUCUUCGUCGAGGCUGGUGCUCUUGAUGGCGAAUUCAUCUCCAACACCUUGUACUUGGAGCAGGACCUCGGCUGGACUGGACUGCUGGUCGAGGCUGACCCUCUGUUAUACGCUGGUUUGCCAGGCAAGAACCGGAAGGCCUGGAGCUCGCAAACGUGUCUCUCGCCUUCCGACGUCGCCGAGAGACUGACUUUCGAGACGUACGAACCGCGAGAUGAUCGUGAUGUGGCAGCGGCCUUGUUGGUGAGGUCAACGGGUAACCUCGCCGGCAUCCGCUCCCCGGCCUUGGGUCAAAUGGGGUCAAAAAUCCCCGUGGAAGUCCAGUGCUUCCCUCUGUUCUCGUACCUCCUCGCCCUUGACGCCACCUCCGUCGGUUACGUCAGCCUCGAUGUCGAAGGAGCUGAGGCCGAGAUCCUCCUCCACCUGCCUUGGGAUCGGGUGGAUGUUACAGUGUGGAAUAUCGAGCACAGAGAGACCAACGAAGGCUUCAAAAUCCACUAUGAGGAGCCUUGGGGUAUCCGCGCUCCACCUGUUCCACCUCGUUCUCCUCCUUCCGGAUCUUUGGGAGGACACGAAGGAGGAGAAGGGAAAGAACGAGAGAAUAAAAAGGGAGAAGGAGAAGACGUUCUUCCGCCCAAGAAGGUCGUUUACGUGACCCAGCAUGACCCAGCCUCGGGGAAGGACCCAUACCUCGUCAGAUUUAUGAAGGAAAAAGGAUAUCGGCUUUAUGAUUAUUGGGAUGGUGAUUAUACAUUCAUCAAGGCCGACUCGGAGAUCUGUUGAAAACAUUGCUACAGUCGAAGUCGAGGUGGAGGUUGAAUAGGCCUAUGUUGAGUAUCCUGUUCUUCGUCCUCAUUCACGGGCCAGUAAGUAAUCAAUGUGAGUUUUUAGCGAGUGGGAAGAUUUCUAGGUCUGUAUAUCUUCGAGACUUUAUGCUGUAUGUGCAAAUGGAUGUACGAUUGCUUAUGUAUAUAUAUCUAUACCUGCGCAGAUAUAACUAUAAUUAUCAUAUAGAAGAAUUGUGAAUAAAGUAAGA